GGCUGUUGUUGAGUGGGAACUCUACCAGUUUGAGUGAGACAGACAGAGCGAGAGACAGAGAGAGCGAGAGUGUUCCAGUUUUUAGCAACACGAACCCGGAGGAUCUGCACUUUUCUGCUCCCCCAGUCCCACUCCACUUCACCUCCUGGCGCAAAGGAAAGGAGAAAAAAAGACGAGGAGAAAGAAAGGAGCAAACAAACCCAGUGUCUGCUCUGUGAACCUCCAAGACCAGCUACAAACACACCACUCGCACAACAACAAGACAGACGACAGACAGAGACAGGUACAGACGGAGACAGAGAGAAAGAGAGAGAGAGAGAGAGCGUGCGAGAAUUCAAGGAAGGAGCGAGGCCCGACAGUCGCGCUGCAGCCAGCCAGAGCCGGUGGAAUGGACCUGGGCGUCUGUGGGACCAACCCCCGCAUUCCCGCAGUCCAGUCUGAGGAGGAAGGCUGAGGAGCCGCGGCAACAGUAACCACGACAACCAGCCGCUCCCCAAAUGAGGAUGAACGGAGAUGUUCUUUAGCUGAGUCUCAACAUAAACGAAGCCGGCCCACCCUCUGCCGCCCAUCAGGCAGAGAGAGACACUGAGAGAGAGACUGAGAGAGAAAGAGCCAGAGAUAGAGACGCCUCGAGGCCCUGAGCACGGCUUGUGUCUCUACAGCCUGAGGAGGAGAGGCUGGGCAGCAGGGAAGCAGGAGAAGUGCAAGACGAGGCAGGGGGCGAGGUGGCGGGCGUGGGCGUGGGGGGGCGCAUGGCCGCACGGAGGCUGGUGGCAGCCGCGGUGACAGUGGCCCUGCUGUCUCUCGUCCUGAACAAUGUGGCCGCCUUCACCCCCAGCUGGGUGCUCCAGGCGCUAGAGGAUGGACGCAAGCGCAGUGUGGGGCUGUGGAGGAUGUGCCCAACCAGUGGGGAUAGGGCCCGCGACGAACCCCCGGCAGGGAAGAGAGGGCAGGUGACGCAGAGGCAGUGUGAGGGCUUGGGAUGGGGCUCGGACUACGCAGGCUACCAGGAGUCCCGCAGCACCGUUAAACUGCAGUUUGACAUGAUGAGAGCCUGCAACCUCAUGGCCACCGUGGCCCUGACAGCCGGCCAGCUGAUCUUCCUGCUGGGCCUGAUGGAGCUGCCCUUCAUCACUCAGGACUCCCAGUGGUGGGAGGAAGCCAUCGCUGCUCUCUUCCAGCUAGCCAGUUUCGUGCUGGUUAUCGGCCUGGUGACCUUCUACAGGAUUGGGCCUUACACACACCUGUCCUACUCCUGCUACGUGGACAUAGCUGCCUGCCUCCUGGCCACAUUGGCCGCUGCCAUGCUCAUCUGGAAUAUUUUACAUCGCCGUGACGACUGCCUCGCACCGAGGGUCAUCGUCAUAAGCCGAGCACUGACGUCACCCUUCCACCCGCGCCUUGACAAUGACUACGUGGAGUCACCCUGCUGAGCUAUGUGGGAUCUGAGCUGCAAAGAACGUCCAACAAGUCAAUCAGUCUUAGGUUUAGUCUUAAAAUGUAAUUUUUCUUAAAGCCAGUGGAAAACAAUGCAAGUUGAACUUCUCUAGAACGAAAUAACACUAUUUUGCAGUGGCACCUGAGCCAAGAAAAUUCUUGAAAUGAGUUGAUUAACAUUGCAAGCAAAAGGUGACAGGCUGUUCCAUUAGUUUUGAGAGAAGUAACGUUUUAAGACUUUAAUAUAAGACUGGAUGGCUUGCUAACAGGGACAUGUUUUGCAGUGGGGAAAGUGUCCUAAUCUCUCAGUGGAUAAAGAGCUCAAGAUUUAACUACAGAAGAAUUUUCUCUGCAAUUGCCCAGCUGCCUUGAAGGAGACGCCACCGGAGAGGACCCUUGCCAUUGCGGAUACCAAGAUGUUGGACUAACAAGUACUUUUGCUGUUGUACAGCAUUGAAUUUUACAGUUUCUUCCAACAUGGCUGAAGACAUGAAAAUGAUCUUGCUGCUCAGGGCAUACACAAUAGGAUUAAUCCCAAAUUGCAUCAAGAGAAAGCAAAGAACAAGAUUGGUGCAACUUCAAAUACAGAAAUUAUACAAAAGACUGCAAUGUACUGAGCUUAAUGUUUCAGUUACUCCUGAAGGGUUGGAUUUGGAAGAAUGAUGGCAUACCAUUUGGAAUAUCACUUCCCUUUAUGACCAACUCUGCUUGGGAGAAGAUCAAGCUGGAUCUUGACAUAUUUUAUCAUACAUGCACUUAUAUACCUAUUGUAUUAUAUAUCCUCCAUAUUAAGAAUGCCUUUGAUUAAAACUGUAGCGUCAAUUUAGUUUAAAUUAAGUGAAUCCAAUCUAAAAACACAUUUCAAUUUGUACUCCAUAUUCUGGACAAAGAUCACAAAUUCGAAACAAGAGUACAACUGAAAGCAGGACAGCAGAAUACCUCAUCAAAUCCUCAGCCACAAAAGACUGACUUUGCCCUCAUAGUGAUGACAGGUUUUCUUGACAGACGACCUUACAGAGCAGAGUCAGAGGAAUCGAUUGAUGUCAGACAAUUCUGGAUCCAUUUUGCCCUGAUCAGUAACACUGAUUAAUUGAAUUAACAGUCAAUCAGGAAUUCACAUCAUGAACAAAAAAAUAAAAAAUACAGAAAUCCCGUAAUGACAGCUGGAAUGAUUGACCCAUGAUGGAAUACUUUUAUUUAUUAACCACCGGACUACUUUACCUUUCAAAACUUACAACUUCUCUUGUAGAAGGCACUGUUUGUGUUUUCUAAACUACUAUCAUGUCAUUGCUAGUGGUAUUUUUUGGAUGAUGGAUAAAAUGCGUUUUGGGUAAAAACACUCCAUUUUAAUAUUAAAGGUCAUUAUUGGUAAUGAUGCUUUACUUUACUGCUCGCUUGUGGUACACGUAAGUUACUUAAAUUAAUGUCAUACAGUUUGUAUAAAGAAUAUUAUGGUGAUCAUAACAUACCUCUGCACACAGCACUGCUGUUUUGCAGAACAGUCAUAUUGGCAAAAAUAGAGGUGCAUGAAAAUAAUAAUAUAUCAUACAAACUCAAUAAAUGUAUUGACGGAUAUAAAGACUGUUUUGUGGUUGUCUGUUCCCCCCAAGCCACAAUCAAGGGUUAACACAAAACAUUCAUCACAAUGCGUGAUGACCAAUGUACUGUGAUUUAAGUUGCUAAGAAAUCUUAUUUGCAAAGUGUACAAACCAGUGGUCGUGGUCGCUACCGACCAAAGUUUAGGGUGACCAAUCCCCAUACUCUCGCUUUCUCUCAGAUGCACACCAACACCUCAACUAACCAACAAAGAAAAAUUGUUGGAACAAGUUAAUAUCGCCCUCUGCAAGGCCGAACCCAUGUUCUGAACAGUUAGACACCUGUCAGUCAUCUUUAGGUCUAGAAUGUGCCAGCAGGAGCGCUCAUGACUGGAAAGACCAGG